AUACUGACGGCCUGUCGUUAAAAGCAGUGAAAUCGAUGCCGCUUUCUUUUCGAUACCAUCCCUUUGCCUGUCAAAACAUUUUCGCAAUUUCGAUCGAUAGAGAAAAUAUUUCAAUAAGUGGCCAUGUCGGAGCCGAGACGCUUGAAAGGUCACAAAGCCACCGCCACGUGCUGUAUUGCCUCACGUGACCGUCCUGGCAUCGUCGCCACCGCCGGCGAGGAUGGCUGCAUCUGCUGGUUCGAUAUGCGAUGCAAAGACGCACAACUUGUUAUGGAGGUUGGACAGCAACCUAUUUCUUCACUUUGUUUCAAGUCAGGGAAUGAAGACAUCAUAUAUGUUUCCUCGGGAAGUGAAGUCAAGUGUUUUGAUGUACAUAUGGCUACUUCUUCAAAGCUGUUGCAAAGUUACAACUAUAACAAGGAGGAAAUUAAUCAGAUUGCUUGCAACUCAAAGGCAGCUUUUCUUGCUUCUACAGAUGAUUAUGGUGAAGUUAAGAUCAUUGACAUUCAUCAGCAUUGUCUUUAUAAGACACUACGAGGUGGCCAUACAAGUAUCUGUAGCAGUGUGCAAUUCAUUCCUUGGAGACCUUGGGAAGUCAUUACUGGAGGUCUUGAUUCAAAGCUUGUCAUGUGGGAUUUUUCCAGAGGGCGUCCACUCAAAAUUGUGGAUUUUGGUUUACCUGACAUGAAGAGUAGCAACACGGCCCAAUGCUUUAAUCCUGCAUUUGUUCAUGCAAUAGCAGUUCCAGAUGCUGAUAUGUUAGAUAAUUCAGGCCAUAUAUGUAUUGCUGGUAGGGGUGAUGGGGUUCUCAAUGUAAUCGACAUUGAAUCAGAGCUUGCUGCCAUUAGGUCAAAAAGUACCAGCAAAGCACGUAAAGGAUCUCAAUCAAUUUCCAAAGAAUAUAUUGCAACUGCAGGCACAGAUGGAAGUAGGUUGCAUUUGGAUUACUCUUUGGGUGGCCAUGUUGCUGCUGUAUCUUGUGUGGCAUUCUCAUUGUUCAGAGAGAGGGGAAAGUUCAUAAUUUCAGGAGGGAAUGACAAAUCGGUAAAGGUAUGGGAUUGCUUCAGAUAUCUUGGUACAGGACAGAGUGGCUGCAACAAUGACAUUCUUCGUCUUAACAUCGAUUUGAGCAAAAAAGUGAAUUGGCUUUGUACAACUCCAACUGAAUCUGAAAAUCUCGUUGUCUGUGACACAACUAAAGUGGUAAAGGUGUAUUCUGUUUCAUAGAUUAGAGAACAGAAUCAUCAAACCAUGGUCCCCUGGAGAACAAGCCCCAUAUCUGGCACCAAAGACAAUUAUUUCCUCACUUGUGUCAGGAAGCAACUUUCAGAAGUAUAACUGACCGACUAGGGGAGAGACUCCAUUUCAGGGCACACCACGAUUCAUGAUUGCUCGGAUUGUUGAACUAAUUUUAACCCUCAUUAGAAUGUAUAACCCCCAUUUCAGGGGAGAAACUCUUAGUAUGUAUAAUCUUAAUGGUUGAAUGGUUGUAUUUUGUUGCUAUAACUUUUUUUAGUGUAAUAGCUGUACUGUCCAUCAAGAGUGAGAACUGCAUAGAGGAUGUAAUUAUUCUAGAUGAUACAUUUUUACCAUAAUUAUGAUAUUUGGCAUUUGUAUUGAUAACUACUAGUUGGCUAA